GUUGUCCGGCUUAAGUGGGACCCUGUCAAGUGUCAACUAUGAAGCUUCUCUGAAACCACCUCCCUCCUUUAGCCUUAUUGAGUUAUAAUAUUUCCGAGUUUUGGUAGGUUUGUUGGAUGCCAAAUUCUAAUAUGUGAAGGAUUAAACUUUAAACAUACUACUUAUGCAAUAUAAAAACUCACCAAAUGUUUAUUUCUAGCUGAAUUUUUUCUACAAACUUCAAACAAAAAGAAGCGAACUUCGAAGGUUUGACAAUCAUCUUCUGGUCAAUUAAUUUCCUUUCUUCUUAUUAAUUUUGCUUAGUUUGCUAGCUAUACUCAAUCUAGUUCUUUGAUUCAUAAAAAAAUCUGGGAUUUUGGUUGAAAUUUUGGUGGGUUUUGCAAAUUUAUGUUCUUUGAGCUGUUACUUUUGGUGGGUCACUUCAAGAUUUCAUUUUUUUGGUGUGGGUUUCUUUGAUUUUAGGUUCUCAAGAUUUGAGUUUCUCAAUUUGAAGUUAGGGUUUAUUGAAUUGAAUUGGGUCAAUAUCAAUUUUGUGCUAAUAUUUUUGGAUGAUGGAGCUAGUUCCUGAAGAUAUGAGUAGUAAUGAGGAUUUAGAAAAUGGUUUAGCAGAAACAUCUGAAAGUAUACCUCUUACAGAAAGAAAUUUUCUGAAAACACAUUUUCCAGGAUUUGUUAGAAGAUGGGCUUACAUAUUUGAUGGAAAUGGGAAUUAUUAUACCAAAGAUUGGGAUCUUAGUGAAGGAAAAGGUAAAGAGUUUUGUUGGUAUCAUGUAGAACUUCCUAAAGCAAAUCAAAAUAUUUCAAUUUCUGCAAAAUACCUAAUUGAUGUACUUUGUCCUCCAUUAAAGCUUCAAGACAUACUUUCACUUGUUAGCAAUGGAUCCUUUUGUGGGUAUGUAGAUGGAGCUUUAGUUUUUAGGGUUAAUUCUCCUGGACCAGCUUCUAGUGCUUAUAUUUCGAGACUCGCUGCUAGGAUAACUGAGAACUCUGUGAUUACUGUUUCAUUGGGUAGAGUCCCAAGACUUGGAUUCUCUCAAGUGGGUCAAUCUUUGUUGUCGGAGAUCCCGGUUGUUGACACUCCUAGAUGUCGAAAUGGGGAGCAAAAGGAAGGUGGGGUUGUGAUCAAGGAGCAUGUGCUCGAGUUUUUGUUGAUGAUGAACCAUUCUGAGGAGGCUGAUAAUCCUGUCCCUAACUCGGUCUCGAAUCUUGUUAUUCAUGUUAUUGAUACAUUUGUGGAUCAUCUGCAUGAUAAUGUCACCACACUCGAAAGCGAAUUGGAUUCAGUGGAAUUAGAACUGGAUAAAGGUGGUUUUGCAUUGAAAAAGCAAAUGUUAGAUGAUAGAAGAUUUCCGAAAAUGCAUCUUAAUAUACAGAGGCUACUCCAGGUAAUUGCGCAUGGAGAGCAAAUAUUUCCACGUGUCAAAGAAAAAUUCUCUUCGAAACAUUGGUUCGCACAAGAAGACAUCAAUUCUCUUGAAGAGUUGAUUGGAAGACUCAGACGGCUAAAAGAGAAUGUUGGUUUUAUAGCAAACCGUGUAACUGCAAUCCAGGCUAGUCUUGAUAGCUGGCAGUCUGAACAAAUUAACAAGAAACUCUACUACCUCUCAUUCCUAUCCAUUGUAUUCCUUCCAUUAUCUUUCAUCACUGGAGUUUUUGGAAUGAAUGUCGGAGGAGUUCCAUGGACAAUCCAGAGGAGCCCUGAUAUAAAAGACGGUUUUCAAAAUGUCAUGUUUCUUUGUGUAGUUACCCUUGUGUCUGUACUUCUUUGCUUCUUCUUCGCAGCACUUUAUACCCGUGGUAUCAGUGCUUGGUGGAACCGAAAGAGUCUACAAAGAAGCUGGUCUUUCAACCGAAAGUCAUUCCUCAAACGAACCUCUACAGGUGAACACCAAGAAAGAGGAGGAUACCUUCGAAUUUGAGAUGGAGGGUAUAUUAUGAUGGAAGAAAUUUCAUGUUUUUGGUACAAAUUAGAGUGUCGAGAAUUUGUCAGAUGUACCUGAGGUAAGGAGUCUGAGUAGCAUAGUUAUUGCAGAAGGUCUACAUGUAAUGAUCUUUAACACGAUGUACAGAUUCUUUUACUACUUGAUUAUUCAAAAUGAUUGUCAUUUCUUCAA